GGCCCGGCCCCACCGCCAGCCUCGGCGGUCCAUGCCAGUCCACUCCGCGCGGAGGGCCAGGCAAGCCGCUAGCCAGCCGCUGCGCGAGGUCCACAAGUGCGAGCUCCACAAGUGCGAGCUCCACACACUCCAGGACCCGCGUAUACGGCGCCGUGCGAUAGUGUGGUCCGCGUCUUAUCACGGGAGCUCCCCUGCCGCACAGCCAGCUGUCUGCACUUAUCACCGAUCAUUCUAUCAGCGUGCGAGUGGGUGACUUUUGCACACAAGUGAAGAGUGCUCGACAGAUCCGCUGGCCGGGACUUCCCUCCGGUGCGCCAUGUCCGCGGAGUACCUCCACACGUCAGAGGAGGAAUCGGAGCAGAACUACCACGGAAUGCCGCCAGAGGUCGACAGCGGCGCGCUCCUGGCCCCGCCUCCCGGGUCGCCAUUGGCUGAGGACGGGUCCCCGGCGCCUCCCCCUCCCGCCGCGCACCAACCUCGCCUGAGGUUCGGGGACGCUGCUACCGCCGCCGCCGCCGCUGCUGCCGCUGCUGCCGCCGCCGCAAUGGGCCCGGAGGGGGCAGAGGCUGCAGGGGACGGGGGGCCCGGGCCAGAGUGCGGCUGCGGCGCAGUGCAGGACGACGAGCGUUCCGCCACGGAGCAAGUUGUAACGGAGCACGUCACAGACCUCGCCGAGCACGACACGCAGGAGGAAGCCGAGUACUGCCCGCGCGAUCUGAGAGUGCUUCACGUGGAAUCGGACCACCAGCACCACGACGACGAGGACGAGGAAGACGGAGGCGGGGACCGUUAUCUUCUGCUGUCCGGCGACGGCGUGCUCGUCAACACCUUCUCAACGGACUUGUACCAACAACAUGACCUGUCCGCCUCGCCGCAACUAAGGGAGCUCCAGCGCCUGCGACCCUCCAGCGCCGACGACUCGCCACCCGGGGACAGCCACCCCCACAGCCACCACCCGGACUCAGUCGAGCAUCAUCACCCGCAGGCUUUCGACGGCGGCGACCUGGCGGCCACCGGCGGCAUGCGGCAGUUACCGCCCCUAUUCCCCAGUCUGGCGAGUGCGAGCGUGUCGAACAAGCUGCAUGACGAUUUCCACGUGGGCUACACGUCGUACGUGGAUCACACCGUCGAUCACCACCACAACGGCCACAUGGACGACAUCAUCAGCAACCUGAAGACGGAAAAGCACAGUGAGGCGCAGACCAGCGUAGUAGUGGAAAAUACGGCGCGCUACAUGCACAACGGCCACGCCCACUCCGAGCACCACGUCGAGUACCUGCCGCCGCUGUCAGCGCACGCCGCCCUGCCGGGUGGUCACGGCUCCAGGGAGGGCUCGCCGUCGGCCGCGGGGGAGUCUGAGGACGCCCAGUACGACCAGCUGACCACCCUGCAGCCGGGGCCCACCGUCACCUCGGCGGGCACCUCCUCCCCGGACGACAGCCUGUACGGGUCUCACGGCGUCGCGCACGGCGUCACCACCCACGGGCUGACGGCGCUGCCGCCGUGGUCCGGCCUCCAGGAGCAGCAGCAGUCCGCGCACCACGCGCUCUCCAGUCCCAACGCUUACCGGGCCAUGCAGUACUUCAACCCGGAUCAGGCGCACAACACACCGACGCAGUUAUGGAGCACGACAGCGGACGACUACAGCUCCCUGUCGAGCACCAAGACCCACACGACGCUGCCCGCCUUCAACAGCCAGCGCUUCGGCACGUCCGCGCUCGUCACCUCUCCGCUGGCCUCGCGCAGCAGCCCGUCCUCCUACAGCCCGCCGAGCUCGGCGUCGUACCUGGGGGCGGCCGCGGCGGGUGGCGUGGGCACGUCGGCGUCCCCGGAGGGGCUGUGGACCACCACCUACACGGACCCCAGCAUGUACUCGGCCGGGCCCACCAGCCCCCGGCGCGCGCCACUCUCCAACAACCCCGCGUCGGCGUCCCUGUCAGCCAUCGCCGAAUAUGACGUCCAGUUCAGCGAGGGUCGCGAGUGCGUCAACUGUGGCGCCGUGUCGACGCCGCUGUGGCGUCGCGACAACACGGGGCACUACCUGUGCAACGCGUGCGGCCUGUACUACAAGAUGAACGGCAUGAACCGGCCGCUGUCCAAACAGCCACGCAGGAUGAGCGCCUCCCGCCGCCAGGGCCUGUCCUGCUCCAACUGCAGUACGAGGACCACGUCGCUGUGGCGACGCAACGCCGCAGGGGAGCCUGUGUGUAACGCUUGCGGCCUGUACUUCAAGCUGCACGGCAUCCACCGCCCGCUCGCCAUGAAGAAGGACAGCAUCCAGAGCCGUAAGCGGAAGCCCAAGGGCGGCAGCUCCAAGUCCGUGGUCGUGGCGUCGGGCGCAGGCGGGGUAGCGACGUCCAGGUCGUCGGCACUCAUCUCCCAGCACACGUCGCCGCUGUCCGUCAAGGGCGACCACGCGUCCGCCGCUGACUCCUACGCGGCGACACACCAGCUCAUCGGGGCGGUGGGGGUGGGCAUCAGCAAUGCGGGGGCGCCCACCCUGGCGGGCUCGCUCGUCACCUCCCUGGCCAGCGCCGGGCUGUCUUCGUACUCUAGCCUGUUCGGCCAACAUCACCACCAGCACCACCAGCACCAGCGCGGGGUGGCAUCCAGCCCCACUGACUACCACAGCCACUACCAGCACGAGGGACAGCACCACCAACAGUACUUCGACUUUUCGACGCCCGCCACGGGCAGCGGCCAGGUCUCGCACAGCCCCGUCGGCGACCUGUCCCCAAAGAUGGAGUGCCCUUCGCCGCCCGCCGAACAGCACCAGGCGCACCACCACAACCACCACCAGGCCCACCAGCAACAUCACCACCACCACCACCACCAUCACCGCGCCAACGACGAUCUGUCACCGCACAUCGUCAGCGUCAGCAAGCUCCACAACAAUAACAACAACAACACAAAUACUAACAAUAACAACAGCAAGGUGCUUAUGAUGACCGUCGACGGUCUGGAGAGACCCUCGGUGGUGUCGUCGCUGUCCUCCUAAGGGCACGCUAGAGCCUUUCUGAACAAUACUCGUUGACUGGAGGAAUACAACAAUCUGUUUUGAUAUAGAGUUUUGAAAUAAGAUUUUUAUACUAGGUGUAAAUGCAAGAUGCUUAAAGCUGCUUGUUUUCCCCAUACUUAACAUUCCAAAUUUUGUACAUAGAUUGAAUUUGUUAUUGUUUUAAAUUUUUUUAGAAAAAAAGAACAAAACACAAGAAUAUAUAUAUAAAGUUACAGAAUUCCAUGCUUAUGCAGUGUUCAGUUGUUCUGACAAACUUUGGGAAUAUUUUUAUUAUACAAGCUGGAAAACCAAAGACAAUACCAAAAUGCCCACACAGUUUUGAAAAAAGUGGUGGCCACAAAAAUGGAAAAAAAAUAAUCACAAUGUUACUACUCUCUGAUUUUCCUUAGAAAGAGCAUUGAGCCAAAAUUGAUGUGAAGUUCUGAACUUGUAUAUAAAGUAACAUGCAGAAAUAUUUGAUCUCUUGUUUAAUUUUAGUAGCAACUCUUGUUUGUAAAAUUUGUUGUCUAGUUGCCAUGUUCUGGCUGAUGUGAUUUAUAAAAUGUUUGUAUAAAGUCUUGACCCUCUAUAUUUUGUAGUUACAUAAUUGUUUUAAGUGAUAACCUGCAAAUGUCACAUGUGCAGUGUAGUGUAAUCUUAGAUAGGUUUGUCCAGCCCGGGGGCUCUUCGGCAGCCCCUGAGGCUUCCUGAGUGUUCUCCAGUCAUAUUUAGGAAUAUUUACCAUUUUUUCUACCUCUGUAGAAUCUUAUUUUUAUCAUCUGACAUAAUGAACUCAUUUUUUAAUUAUAUUUGUACAUAUUUUUUUUGUUACAUUGUGAUUUUUUUUAGAAAAGUUUAUGUAUACAUAAGCAGAGUGUGCCCUAAUCACUCAAAAUCUUGUUUUAAUGAAUCGUUGCAUACUUGUUGAUCAUAUGGAUUACUUUUUGUAUAUAUAUAAUGUUGGAACUGAUAAAAAUGUAAUUUUAAAUUGUUACUGAAGUGUUCUCCUUUAGCAUAUCUGACUUAAUUAAUGCCAUAUGCAUACCGGAUGAACAGUAUAUUAUUCGACAUUAAAUGGUAUUGACUGAAAUAUGAA